AUGAUGGAGGAGGAGAAGGAGAAGGAGAAGGAAAAGGAGGAGGAGAAGGAAAAGGAGGAGGUGAAGGAAAAGGAGGAGGUGAAGGAGGAGGAGGAGAAGGAAAAGGAGGAGGAGGAGGUGAAGGAGGAAGAGGAGAAGGAAAAGGAGGAGGAGGAGGUGAAGGAGGAGGAGGAGAAGGAAAAGGAGGAG